CGCACCGCGCCGGGCGAUGCGGGCGGCGGGCUGAGGGCGGGCGGGCGCCCGGACCCGCGCCAUGCGGCUCUCCUGCAAGGUGGCGGCGGCGCUGCUGGGCCUGGGCAGCCUCCUGCUGCUCUACCUGCUGGCGGGCAGCGCCGCCGCGCCCCCGCGCCCCGCGCCCUCCGCGCCCGCAGCCCGCCGGCCGCCGCGGCUCAGCCGGAGCCCGCCGCGGAGGAGCCCCGCCGGGGGCCGGCUCGGCAGCGCCAGGAAGCCUGGAGAACAGAGGAAUUUAAAAGAGCCUUCAUCUUCACCAUGCAUGCACCUGGCAGUGGUGGCAUGUGGGGACCGACUGGAAGAGACACUGAUCAUGCUGAAAUCAGCAGUUCUCUUCAGCAACAGGAGGCUCUGUUUCCACAUUUUUGCUGAGGAUUCCCUUAAGCCUGAAUUUGAGAAGAAGUUAAAGGAAUGGCCUUCCUCCUAUACGAAGAAGUUUGAGUACAACAUUUACCCAAUAACCUUCUCAGUAGGAAAUGCUCAGGAAUGGAAAAAGUUAUUCAAACCAUGUGCUGCCCAGCGCCUCUUUCUUCCGGUCAUUUUAAAGGACGUGGAUUCUCUCCUUUAUGUGGACACUGAUGUUCUCUUCCUGAGGCCCAUCGAUGACAUCUGGCACAUCCUGCAAGAGUUCAACUCCACACAGCUAGCUGCUAUGGCCCCAGAACAUGAAAUACCAAAGAUUGGCUGGUACAGUCGAUUUGCACGUCACCCUUAUUAUGGAACAACUGGAGUCAAUUCUGGAGUGAUGCUAAUGAAUUUAACACGGAUACGCAACACACAGUUCAAGAACAGCUUGAUACCGAGUGGUUUGACUUGGGAGGAAAUGUUAUAUCCCUUGUACCAAAAAUACAAAAAUUACAUUACUUGGGGAGACCAGGAUUUACUAAAUAUAAUUUUUUACUUUAACCCAGAGUGUCUCUACGUGUUUCCCUGUCAGUGGAACUACCGGCCGGAUCACUGUAUGUACGGCAGCAACUGUAAAGGUGCAGAAGAAGAAGGUGUCUCUAUCCUGCAUGGAAAUAGAGGUGUCUACCAUGAUGACAAACAGCCUACAUUCAAGGCACUCUAUGAAGUGAUACGUGAUUUUCCAUUUGAAGACAAUCUCUUCCAAUCUUUGUACUACCCUCUGCAGUCUAAGUUUCUGGAUACAGUGCACACUUUAUGUGGGAGAAUUCCACAAGUAUUUUUGAAACAAAUUGAGAAAACUAUGAAGAAGGUGUAUGAAAAUCGUGUCAUUGUGUACUUGGGGGCCAACCACAGAUACUAAACGGAGCAGCAUUUUUACAGAAAAUUUUUCAUUCUUGCACCCAAUUCUUAUGAAGCCCAUGAAUGAUGAAAAUGAGCUCUUUCACUGAAACUCAGUAUUAAAAUAUUUUUCUUAUUCAAUUUCCCAAUACCCCCUGAAAUUGCAAAAAACAGAGGAGAUCCUAGAAGUCUGACUCAACUGUCCUUUCUUAGACCUUUUGUUCUCUUCUUAUAUAUCUCUUGGUUGCAACAAAGAGUUGACCUUUCUCACUUUUACUUGAUGAGUUUAGUUUGGUUAUUUGUUUAAGAACAGCUGUAUUCACUGUAACUUUUUUGCAAAUUGUGCAAAAGCUUGUACUGAGAUUUAACAAAGAAGUUAUGGUUUGGUAUAUAAGGAAUAUAACUCUUGAAAUGAUAGGGCAAAUAUUCUUGAUUGUCAUGAGAAUGCUGAAUUACAGAAAAGACCUCUCCUGUGAUAGGAUGAGUUAAAAUUUACUGCAGUAAAGGGAAAGUAUUUGCUUAAAAUUGCACUUCUGUCUGAAGGUAUAUUGCCUGCUAUUCUUCAUGUUUAGGACCUAAGAUUUCUGUUACUUAAAAAGAUCAGGGGAAUAGAAGUGCCUAUUUGCUUUGUAUUUUACAGCACUUUUUGUCUAGUCAUUGUUGUUGUCCAUUCCACUCUAUUGUAGUUUUGUGAGAGUUUCUCAUGAAGGAAUUAGAAUGAAAAUAAUUAGAGCAUAAAUAGGAAGACACUUUACUAGAAAUGGGAGGGGGAUGCAGUGGAAGCUGUGGCACCUGCACAGCAGAGGGGGAACAGAAAGAGAAUCCUUUCUUGCAUGGAGUACAGUCAAGGUCUUCCCCACCACUGUCAUAGUUUAGGAAUGUAUGCCCUAAUCUGGUAAUGCUAAUUCCAUUAGAAACAGUCCAAGAAUAUUGUGAAUGAAGAGUACAAAAACAGGAACUACUGAACUGUUUUCCUUUUUAAUUAAUGAUUUUUGAUUGCUGUUUACUACACAGUAACAAUGGUAUGUCACCAAGAACUGUUCUUUCAUCCCUACAUUGGGAGGCUGAGGAUGCUGCCUCUGACCCCCCUCUUCUGCUUCACCAGAGACCUGGGACACAAAAACAUCUUUCUGCCUCACACUUGCUUUCCUGGAAGUAGAGAGUUUCAUGCUACAGCCAUAAUGAACAGCUUCAGAGUGGGAGAGGAUACAAGAUGGCUUUGUUUAUUUAAAAUGCUUCAUUUAGUUUAGAUUUCAAAAGUAUGGUGAUGAUCUCAGGCUGGGCACAGACAGGAGCUUAUUAAAACUCACAGUAGCUGAAAGGUGCUUGGGACAAGUCACUGUGGGAGUUAAAGUGAGGACACUCUUAAAGAGCAGCGAUCCAAGGGCAGACUCCCAGGGGCCAUCUUCCAAGUGCAAGCCCUGAGGGAUGUAUGUAGGUGAGUGCUAGAAGAAAACAGCAGAGAACAUGCUGUUACUUUUCAAGUCUGUUCAGCAAAAGAAUCCCCCUUUAAUUGGAACUACUCACUUUUACAUCUAAUAGGCAAAGUAGGAGAGGGGUGAGGAGGGCGAGAUACAUGAAAGGAAAACUGAUACAAAUUGUAUGACUUGUACCUGUAACAUACCUUUAUUAGAGAUAAAUAUUUGUGGGGUGUGGAGGAGAGAAAUAAUGUUUUCAAAGUAAAAAGUAGGAUUUCUGAAGAAUUGCAGUUUUGUGGGUUUCCACCCUAUCCAGACAGGACUGAUACAGAGUUUUAUUAGAAAACAGCCUGCAAGAGAAAAUCCUUUUGGCCUACACAUUCCUCUCUCCUUGUGUGGCAGCUCAUGAAGGGAGGGAAAACGCAGGCCUUGCUGGCAUCUCAGGCUGCCAGAUAAACAGCCUGUACACAGGAUGAAGUGCUGACAAACUUUUUCUAAACACUAAAGUGUGAAAAUGUCUGUGGCACAUCCGUAAGUGUGGUGGGUGAAUAAGGCCACAUGGCAAACAGCAUCACUAGGGAGACAUCUGAGGAGAGGAGGUGUGAGGAUAGAGCCUUGGAACAAGGGGCAUACGGUCUUGGUCCCGGCAAUUUCACUGCUGGUCUGUGCUAGUCCUCACAGGCAUGACAGACAAACAGAAAUGCCUGUUGUUCACACCCCUGCGUGCUGCAAAUUCUAAUCAACAAUUUGUGCCUGUUUCUGACUCGGGUCAUUAUCUUGUAGCCUUUGCCACGUAAGUGUAAAUUGACCUGGAAAGAACAGAGGCAGCUCUGCAUCUAUUUGGAUUGAAAGCCUGGGACCCAGAAAGGCAUUUAAACUUAGGUGUAGAUGUUACUGUCUGUCACAACUUGCCUUAGUAUUUUCUAUUUCAGCUGAAGUUUUAGUCUCCACUUCAAAAGAACAGUACGUUUCCAGCUCCAGAGAAAAGACUUUAGAACCAGAAGGCAAUGAAAGGAAAAUGAGGCAUGCUGUUUUAAAAAGUUGAAGGUAAUGUAAGCCUAACAUAUGACAGGUAAACCUUUUAGGCUAGCAAUGCUGAGAACUUGUAAAAAAGUAUUAGCUUUUGUUUUGUUCCUUAUUUUGAAAUAAGAGAAUGCUGGUGAAAUGAGGAUAGGUGAGACAUGCUGGGUGCUCUGAAUUCCUCAUUUCUGUGGUAUCUACAAGGCACAGAAAGUUGCAGAGCAGAAGUCUUGUUGUCCAGACAGUUGCAACCCUGGUGUUAAGCCUCUGAAGUUAAGGCUAUGGCUGUGUAAGCUGUGAUUCAGCAGAACCCUGCAACUGUGGGCACAUUACAAUGAAGGAAUGGAAUUCAUUAAAAAAAAAAAAAAGCCAUUAUUGCAUAUAAAAUGAUUAGAAAUUAAAACAGUGCUUUUUAUGUUUACAGGAGGUGCUACAUUAUGCUUAGAAACAACUGUGUUAUGUUCUCAACAGCUAUUAAGAUAUAUGAAGUAUAUACUUUAACAUGAAGACUUUUGUUACUGUAAUAUCAACUUGCAGGAAGAAUGGGGAUGUUCCCCCGUGCUGUGCUUUUGCUGAGGAAAAAAAAGCUAUAAUUUGAUCUCUCCAAAGUGUUUUAAAACAAGUAUGUAACUUUUUUGUGUGUGUGGUUAGAGUGAUUAAUUUAUAUUUUUCUUACAGCUUUGAAAACCAUGUUAUACUUUGGUUUAACAGUAGCUGAUUUUAAUAUUAAUCUUAGAAACCAAUUUUCAUUCAUUUUGUAUUUCAUAUUUGUGGCUAAUUCCUUGUUCUUGUGCCUUCAUUUAUUUUAAUAAUGGGAUGUGUAAAUACUUAUGUAGACUUUAUUUCCUCAUUUCCCCUUCCUCUCAUGUAUUUUAGUUAUUUCCAAUGGUAUAAUGUAACCAAAACACCUUUGCUAACAUAACACUAACAUAGGGGGCGAAAGGAAAAUAGUGUUAUUUAAAUGAAUAGACACUUCAACACAUGGAGUGUAUUGAUAACAAAGGAAAAAAAUCACCUUCCACACUGAGAGAGAAACAGCCCAGAGAAAUGUGCCUGGGGUAUUUAACAUACACCUCACCCAGCAAGUGUUUGGCACCCUGAAUUUUGCCUGUGUAGUCAGUAGGUUUAUAUGCAAUGCAUAAAGCUGAGCGUGUAACCAAGUCCUUGCUGUAUCAGCUUCAAAUAUUCAGGUUUAAAAUUUGCUGUAUUAUACCUAAACUUGCUGAAGAUAGAUAAAUAGGGGCUUUAUGUUAAGAGCUGCUGAGCACCCCCUUUUAGCCCAAAGCCAUUUAAGAAAGUGUCAGGCUACCAGUGUGUAUUUUAGUAUUUGCUUGCAUCAUUUAUAUAAAGUGAGUUUUUCUAGGCUAUUUGCCUGCUUAUUACAAAGUGGGCUUAGGUAGUUCUGCUAUUAUGUCACCUACAAAUGGAAACUGGAAACACCCUGUGUGUGUGUGUGUACCCAAUGUGAGUGUGUGUGUAAAGAAUUCUGUACCUUUUCUCUAUCAAUGAAUUGCUUGUGUAUAUUUACAUGACAAGUGCAACAAUUGUUUAUAGCUCCCAAGGAGGCCUAGCAGGGCAUUUCUGUGUUGACUCAAGAUCCUAUGGCUUACAGUACAAAUAAAUGAAGUUUUAAGCAA